UUCAAAGUGGAUUUACCCCCGAAGAGUGACUGUUUCUAUUGCCUGUGAAGAGCCCGGGUCUUGCGGACCUGAUGUAGACGGUCUCCAGAUAGCAGAGAUGCUGGCACUGUGGUCGGUGAGGAACACAGCGCACCAGGCCGGCCCACAAUUGGUGAUUUGGCUGCAUAUAAGGAGGGCCGGCCCGGUCGGAGGAUCACCCAUCCCAGUCUGCGGCACCAUGGCGUUCCUGUGGCUCCUUUCCUGUCUCGCCCUCGUCGGCUCCUCCUUUGGCUGUGGCGUGCCCGCCAUCCAGCCUGUCCUGAGCGGCUUCACCAGGAUCGUCAACGGUGAAGAUGCCGUGCCCGGCUCCUGGCCCUGGCAGGUGUCUCUGCAGGACAAAACUGGCUUCCACUUCUGCGGGGGCUCCCUGAUCAGCGAGGACUGGGUGGUGACCGCCGCCCACUGCAGCGUCAGCACCUCCCACCUCGUAAUCGUCGGAGAGUUUGACCACAGUUCCAACGAGGAGGACAUCCAGGUCCUGAAGAUUGCCAAGGUGUUCAAGAACCCCAAGUUCAACAUGUUCACCAUCCGAAAUGACAUCACGCUGCUGCAGCUGGCCAGCCCGGCCCACCUGUCCGAUACCGUGUCCCCCGUGUGCCUGCCCAGCUCAGGAGACGACUUUCAAGUGGGCUCCACCUGCGUGACCACCGGCUGGGGCCUGACCAAGCAUACCAAUUCCAAGACCCCCGAUAAGCUGCAGCAGGCCACCCUGCCCCUCCUCUCCAAUGAGGAAUGCAAGAAGUUCUGGGGCAGCAAGAUCUCUGAUGAAAUGAUCUGCGCUGGAGCCAGUGGUGUUUCCUCCUGCAUGGGUGACUCUGGAGGCCCCCUGGUGUGUCAGAAGGAUGGGGCCUGGACCCUGGCUGGCAUUGUCUCCUGGGGCAGCGGCACCUGCUCCACCUCCACCCCUGGGGUGUAUUCCCGGGUCACCAAGCUUAUGCCCUGGGUCAAAGAGAUCCUGGAAAACAACUAAGCCUCAAACAGCAGCCAUAAAGCAGCAGCUUCUG